GAGCUGGAGUGGUAACUAACGAAACAAAAAACAUCUGAAGAAAAGACUCCAAUUUACAGGCAAUUUACAAAUCUAUAACAGAGAAUUAAGAGUUCCUAAUCUUAACUGGAGCAUUACCAUUGUUUGCACCUAUUUUUUUCCUGAUCUUUAUAGUCUUUGUCUACACUUACUGGUUUUUUUAUUGCUUACUGGAGAUUGACCAUGUCAUUGCUAUUACUCAUGUUAGGCAUACUGCUCUCUGACAGCAAGCAUUUUAACCCGAAAAGAGAUCAAGCUAAUUAGGAUGGAGAAUGUCAACAUUAAUGAGAUUGCUACACCAAGUACUCAAGUAACUGAAGAGGAACCCUUGGGGCUUGAGGAUGAUGCUGACAAGAUAAUUAAGCUACUGACAAGAGGAAUAAGGGAACGGGAUAUUGUCUCUAUUUUUGGCAUGCCUGGUCUCGGAAAGACCACUUUGGCCAAAAAGAUAUUCAAAGAUUCUUCUAUUGUUUCUCACUUUGAUGUUCGAGCAUGGGCUACCAUUUCGCAAUCAUAUGAUGUGAGAGAGCUGUUGAGGGACAUCUAUAAGCAAGUGACGGGUGUUAAGUACAAUGGAGAGAAGGAGAGUGACAUAGCCGAUACGUUGCGCAAGUGUUUAAUAGGCAAAAGAUAUCUCAUUGUCUUGGAUGAUGUAUGGGAAGUAAAGGCAUGGGAUGAGUUAAGAUUAUGUUUUCCAAUCGGUAAACAAGGAAGCAGAAUCAUGUUAACAACUCGACUUGAACAUGUGGCAAUGGAAGUCGAGCACUGUACCGAUCCUUAUUCCCCUCAAUUCCUAACCACGGAAGCGAGCUGGAAAUUGUUGGAGAAAAAAGCAUUUCAAAAGGAAACUUGCCCUCCUGAAUUGCAGGAUGUUGGGGUACAAAUUGCAGAAUAUUGUAAAGGACUGCCUCUUACAGUUGUUUUGAUUGGUGGAAUUCUGGCAAAGAAAGAAAGGAAUGUCUCAGAGUGGUGA